UACAAUGCGGAAGUGUAAGCCAAAUAAACCCUUUCUUCCCCUGCUACCUUUUUUGGUCAUGGUGUUUCAUCACAGUAAUAGAAACUCUAACAAAGACAGAGGUCUCGGUGGAGGUGUCGUCCAUGUGUCCAUUCAUCUUGUGGUGGAACGAUAUCCAGCCUUAAGGAAGAAGCGAUCAGAUCCCUGCUGUACCUGGGUGAAUCCAGACGACACUGGAAUGAACAGCAUAAGCAAGGCCCACAGGAUAGAUCGUGUCUGAUGCUACUGAUACUGAGGUCCCCAGAUGGUGACCUUUGUAGACUAAGAAGGCAACAGGAAGUCAGCUGAGACACCGGGCAGACACCACGGUAGUGACACUUCCUCCAACAAGGCCAUAUCCACUCCAUCAAAGCCAUACCUCCUAGUAGUGCCACCCCCUAUGAGAUUAUGGGGACCAAUUACAUUCAAACCACCACAGCUGGUUUUAUUGAACGUGGACUUUCAGCUUUACAAGGUGAAAAGGUUCUGGAGAUACAGUGGAUACCGGGAAGUGAUCAUUGAAGAGUGUUAAAAGGGGCCAGGCAGUGGUGGCGCACGCCUUUAACCCCAGCACUCAGGAGGCAGAGGCAGAGUCAGGAAGAUCUCUCUGUGAGUUUGAGACUGGCCUGGUCUACAGAAUGAGUUCCAGUACAGCCAGGGCUACACAGAGAAACCCUGUCUCAAAAAAGAAAGAGGAGUGGUCCAAUGGACAUUUUGAAAUGAACUUCCUGUGUGGUCUGCCGUGCUGAGACCUCUGGGGCAGGGAAGCAAGAGCACAGUUCGUGAAGCUCACAAGAAUUAGUAAAACACGAGAAGGAUGCUGAUGGCCACCUACAGGAUCAGGACAGCUGCCACUCCUUGAGGUGAGCUGAAGGUGGAGCUCCCAGGAGGGCUGAUCAGGUCUCAGGAGGACAGGUCCACUUAUGCCUCAGCCACCAAACCCAGUUGCCCUCCAGGGAGGGGUCUGGUAUGGGGCACAGUGGUGUUAUGGUCAGGGGCUCAGGGGCUGCGGGGAGACCUUGCUUGUGCCCUAGAUUCCUGGAAGGAAGGCCUCAGCCCACGAACAGGUGCGUCCAGAAAGUUAAGAUGAACUCUGUCUUCAGGCUCACAUGUCUGCUGCUGGCCCCAGCUUUCUAGGGACUGUACUGCCACCCACACAAAUAUAUGUAAAUGUCUGUUGGGGUGGGGGGAAGAGAAAGAGGCCUCCAGCCGCAUAGCCUUGAAGCCCAGCUUGAUCUGGGUGGUAUUGGUAAAGGAGGACUCCUGUCCUCGGACUCACCCGGGGAUGUGCUGACCUUUCUAACUGCUCUUCUGAAGGUGUCCCUGGGGUCUGACAAGGGAUGAGGCCGAUACCCCCAAGCCCAGAGCCAGCCUUUUGGGAGAGCGGUUAAGUUUGUAGUGGCUCACAACAGUUGCCAUCCGGCCUUUUGCAGAGAAAAUGGCUACACUUGGAUGGGAGAUAUAUAAGCCCAAGAAGCUGCUGCUCUGCCCACCAGCCCAGACAGCCCUCAGGAGGCUGCCCCGUAAUACCACUGCUUACCCGCUAGUUCUCAUGGGGCCUCCUGAGAAAACCGCCUGCAGAGCUACUGGGUGAGGGCUUUGUUCUGAAAUAAAGGAUGGCGUUUCUCAAACAGCGCCGGGGUGGAGGUGUGCCCCAUCACGGCUCUGCCCUCAGAGAGGGAUUGUCUGGGAUGGUAGGGUACUUGCAGGGCACCAGGUGGGUGUUCUGACAAGGAACAGUGUGCCCAGUCAGUGCCCUCCUGGCAUAGGAGCUCCCAAUGCCAGGCCCAAGGUGAAAAGAACCGGCUAUAUGACUUCACUGUCUGACAGAGGAGCAAGUGGGGAACCAGUCCGUGCGGAGCUGCCUGGCCCAGCCAUUUUAGCCCCCACCUCUCAGCUCUCAGUUCCUGAGAAGUGAGGUCUUGCUGAGGGUAUCAUCAGAGCAAAAUCGAAGCCAUCUGGAGCUGCUUGCGGUCAUCUCAACCCAUUGUCAUCACAAUGAUACAAUCCAUAUUAUGCUCAGCCUGCAUUGUGGUUAGGGGAGUUUCAGAGUGAGCAUGCUCAGACCCCUGCUACUUCCUGAAACCAUUCAGCUGGGCCUGCAGAAGGGUGCUCAGUGCCACCUCAGGACGGGCCUGCUCAGUGCUGCCUCAGGAAGGGCUUAGGUCCUUUUAAGCUGUCAGAGCCACCCUCACAAGGGGCACAAAGCCCAUAUUGGAUCCACCAUGAGAUCAGAGUCCAUCGGUGCAGCAGGAAACAGCACACCUGGGGUCCCCUCCAUUCUUCUGACUGUCUCAGUCCCCUCCUCGAAGGUCUGCCGCCCAUCCUAUGAGGAGAGCAGAGUGGUCCUGGUGGUGGUGUACAGUGCAGUGUGCAUGCUGGGCCUGCCGGCCAACUGCCUGACUGCGUGGCUGACGCUGCUGCAGGUUCUGCAGAGAAACGUGCUAGCCGUCUACCUGUUCUUCCUGUCUGUCUGUGAGCUGCUCUACAUCGGCACUCUGCCGCUUUGGAUCAUCUACAUCGAGAACGAGCACAGGUGGAGCCUGGGUCCGCAGGCCUGCAAGGUGACUGCCUACGUCUUCUUCUGCAACAUCUACAUCAGUAUCCUUUUGCUGUGCUGCAUUUCCUGCGACCGCUACAUGGCAGUGGUCUAUGCACUGGAGAGCCGAGGCCACCGCCACCAGAAGACUGCCAUCAUCGUUUCUGUGAUUGUGUUCGUUCUUGUCGGACUUGUCAACUACCCAGUGUUUGACAUAAAAAUGGAGAGGAACUCCUGCUUCGAGCCGCUGGAUAUGAACAGUAAGAUAGCCAGCUAUCACUACCUGCGCUUUGCCUUUGGCUUUGCCAUCCCUCUUGGCACUCUAGCCUUCACCAAUCACCGAAUCUUCAGGAGCAUCAAGCUGAGCUCGAGCCUGAGUACGUCGCAGAAAGCUAAGGUGAAGCACUCUGCCGUGGCAGUCGUCACCAUCUUCCUGGUCUGCUUCGCUCCCUACCACCUGGUGCUCCUCAUCAAGGCUGUCAGCUUUUCCAUCAUCGGAGGGGACGAGGAUGCCGUGUGUGCCUUUGAAAGCAGGCUGUACACAGUCUCCGUGGUGUUUCUGUGCCUGUCCACAGUCAACAGUGUGGCCGACCCUAUCAUCUAUGUGCUAGCUACAGACCAUUCUCGGCAAGAAGUGUCCAGAAUCCACACAGGGUGGAAAAAGUGGUCCACAAAGACAUAUCUUACAGACUUUAAGAACUCAGAGGAGACACACUUACCCACGGCGCUUACAAACAGCUACACCUUCCCCAAGCCAGUGCACCCUCCAGGAUCACAGCUGGCUGAGCUGGACCAGCUGGACUUGCGGUGCUCCCCAGAAAGACUGCCUGAGGAAUUCUGCUAAGCCUACUCUACCUCAGGGGACGAUGCUAAGCCUCAAAACCAGCUCGUCACAGAUUCCUUUGAGCCACCAUCUAGGGCGUCCAUAGCACUGUAGAUGCCAUCCUCAGGGUCACACUGCUGGCCUUUCCUAAGGCCACUCAACCCUGUAAAUGUCUAUUCCUUGGAUGUCCAAAACCUCUAGACUCUCCUAUACGGAAAGUAUCAGUGUUCUGAGAGCACCAUUUCUAUCCCUAGGCUGCCAGGGACUCGGGGAGCAUGUGACUAACAGGAGAGCUUGUCAUUAGCAGCUUGCUCUGCAGGGCUCCCCACAGCAUCAGCAGGGCAUUGGACAGGGCACUGGACGAUGACUUUAUUUUCUAUGCAUUUCUGCAUUGUUCAGUGGCUACUGCAGUGUAUAUUGGGACUUUCCACAGGGCCAGACAUGACCUGCAUCCAGGGUUACCAUCAUGGCACCUAGGGCCUGUGACACGGCCAAAGAGCCAUAGGGGGUUAGGAGUCCUACCCUGAGGGCUCCCACUGGGGGCUGGUUCUGUGUAGACAUACUUGUCUUCUAGGGGAGCCGUGGGGCAUGGUGGCCAGUUGCUCCAGCUCCUGGUAGCCCCAUAUAUCCACCCUAGGGACCCCUCUACCCUUUACAUUAGGAAGUGCUAGUAGACACCCCAGAAAGAGUUUGACACAGCUGCUACAGGAUAAGGGGGUAUCUGGCAUCUGACAUGCCUUUCUUUGCCUUGCAACUUUUGGUGUCGGCAUCUCAGGGGAAGUAGGUGGGACCUCCUGAAAGGGUAAGUCAGGAGAAAGGCUCUCUGCCCGUUUUCUCCAAUGCUGGAUCAGAGAGGAAGACCUCAGGGCUCCGCCAUAAGAACCUUGUCUUGGCCUAGUCAUAUUCACGCUCUGUUAGCUACCUCACCAGGUCACUCACUGUUGGGACUGACCCCUCCUGCCCAAGAGACUCCCACAUACUUGGAGUUCAAGGGCUAGAGACAAUGAUCUCAGCGUGCUUUGGAGACCGCCCCUCUGAAGCACAUCACAAAAGCUGCACAGAGACGACGGUGAUGAGCAAUGCCGUCUGAAGUUAACUUUUGAUGUGUGUUGUGAGAAGUAUUGAGAAAAGGAGAAUAAGAUCAGGAAAAUAGAAGUCGGUCCUAAUUUCCUUUGGUUA